ACUUGCAGUGUGGUUUCGUUGAGAUCUCAUUCCUUUGGACUCUGGUUGUUAGAAAGGCAAGUUUCUAGACUAUUUUACUGUCAUGAUAUAUUAAUCUAUUGAGUUGACUAAAAUUUGUUGUAAUAGUGUAUACCUGUUAGUACUUGCUAGUAGUACGACAGCCGUGGUUUAUUCAAAACAUAAUUAAAUUAAAUACAUAAUACCCAAAAUCACUCCAAAAUAAAAGGUUAUCAGUUAGUUUCGCAUGAUUCAUGCUCUAAUUAAAAUGUCCAGUUAUCUGCUUUCUUGAAGAUGCGGAAAUCUGACAGACCAUCAGUCCUAAUGUAUCGCCGAGUGCAAUCUCAGCCUGGUAUGGUAGCCAGAUAUAGACCACUUAUAGCCAAUGUGAACAGCAGUAAAAAGCGCUUUUCUGAUACGUCUUGUGAUACUCGAUUAAACUCAGUGCCACUAAAAGGCAAAAUUUUUUCACGUCAGGUUAGUCAACGUGGCACAGACCAGCCAUCUCAAAAUUUGUCUCUGGCGAAGAAAAGUGGUUCAUCAUCAGUACAUACAAAACCCGGACCUUUCGAUUGGGCACAGUAUCUUAGAGAAAUUGAUGCAGAUCCUGUUCAGUCUUCUCUCUUUUUUCAUGUUCCGUUUGAUGUUCAGGUCCCAUCACCAUCAAUUCUUCCUGGACAAAAUGUAACCCCUGAGGGAAAUUUCAAGCCUGGUCAGUAUUUAGAGGGUAUCGACCCUCAUAAUGAAAGCUUAAUUUGCGUUCUCUGUGUUUCUGAGUUGAUAGGACGGCGUGUCAAGCUUCAUUUUGCUAGUUACCCGGAGAAGUAUGACUUCUGGACAACAAUAGACUCUCCUUUUUUGUUUCCUGUUGGAUGGUGUGCACAUAACAACCGUCAACUUCAACCCCCCAAGGAAUAUCUCGAAGAAUCUUAUCAUCCAUUUAAUUGGACAAGCUUUUUGGCUAAACUAGGAGCCAAACCAGUUCCUCGCCAUUCAUUUAAAGUACCAUGGGAUUCUCCUGUUGAUGCAUCUCCACCGCACAUGUUUGCUGUUGGACUUAAACUUGAGGCUAUAGAUAAACGGAAUCCCUCUUUGGCUUGCGUUGCCACUAUAAAAGACUGUAUCGGUGAUUAUAUAUUGAUUCAUUUUGAUGGUUGGGACUCGGGCUUUGAUCAAUGGGCUCACAUAUCAUCUGAGCUUUUACGCCCUGUUGGGUAUUGCGAGGAUCACGAACAAGUUUUAUCAAUCCCCAGUGAUUGGAGCAACCGUCGUAAUGGCUUUAGUUGGAAACUUUACCUGAAAGAGACAAAUUCAAAGCCUGUACCUAAAGAAGCAUUUGAUGAGAUAACCAAAUUCGCUAGAUCAUCCCAACAGUUUCUAAUAAACCAACGUCUAGAGGCUGUGGAUAAACGGUGCCCUUCAUUGGUUCGUGUUGCCAAUGUUGUAGAUAACACCCCUCCUGGAUUUCUCACCCUAGGAUAUGAUGGUUGGCCUGAUAAAUACAACGUACGUAUAGAGGUGUCGUCUCUUGAUUUAUUUCCUGUUGGUUAUUGUCAUGCUUCUGGACAUCCUCUACAAGUCCCACCGGGAUAUGAUUCUGAAUUGGAUUUAAAUGGAAAUUUAAUGGAUUCUUAUUCUAAUUCUUCUGCCAGUUCACUCAGCUGUAGUGGGACUGCCAACCCAUUUGGCGGGUGCCCAACUCCCGGUUGCAAAGGUUACGGGCAUAUCAAAGGACCUCGUUAUUUCACUCAUCAGCGCAUUUCAGGAUGCCCAUAUGCUGAUAGUAACCUUAAGAAAGAUGCUAUUAGAGCACAUGAACGUCUAAGCUCAACUAAUAUAUUAACAUCCAGUUCUCCUUUUUCUGUUGAUUCAGAAAACCCCGAUUCUAGUGCAACAAUGGCCUCGGUUUCUGCUUACAAUCCUCCUAAUCGUAACUCAGGUCAACGUCUUUCUCCGGAUUCUACUGUCAAAAGUGAAUUCUCUUCAAAUAAUACCUCCACUGUUGUUACAUCUUAUUCUCUCGUAGCAUGUCCAUAUUUAGAUACCAAAGUUCCAGAUUCUGUAUCAGGUAAUUCAGUUACACUGCAAUUUUCUAUUGCGGAUAGCGUUGUCACAACCUCACCUGGUUUUUCGCCUGUGAUAAACAACCUCCAUUCAACCAGUAGUCCUGCUGUUUCUGUCCAGAGUUCACUUCCAAAUGAAUCCCCUCAAUCUAACGUGUUGCCUUUAAACUUAACACUUGAAAAGUUGCCUGAUUUCUCACCGAAAGAAGUGCCUUUAAGAACUGAAAUUUCAAACUCCUUUUCUUCAGCAAUCGCUACUGGUGCCGUGCCUCAAUGUGAAAACUCAAAUUUAUCUUCUGAAAUCGCAACCAAUGUAAUAGUCUUAUCAAAUGAAUCUUCUAUUAAUGUUGCAUCUUCAAGCACAAAAUCAAACAUGAAUUCUAAUGACUCAGUUAGACCACAGAAGUUAAGUAAAUUAGAACCUAACCCCGACAGCGUGUCUCCUUCCAACCUUCUGUCUCAUACUGCUGACCAAUCAGAUGAAUAUACAAAGAAUCUUGGAAUAUCCCCUAUACCUAUAAAACGUAAACGAGGUCGGCCUAGGAAAUACACUUCUGUACAUGUUCUCCAUCCAUCCUUACAACAGUCACGUCCUGUUCAUUUCACUUCCUUGACAUCUCUACCGCAAUCAUAUACUACGUCUACUGGACGACACUCAUAUCCGGUUGGUGUAUCAACCCAACAUCAUACUCUUUCAUCUGCUGCAGUUCCGAUUUCUUCGUUAUCUGUUACAUCUACAUUAUCAAUUUGUAGCAGUAUGAAUGUAACUACCAAUUCUCAUCCGCCAAUAGAUUGUCAAAGUGAUAGUUUCCUCCCCCAUAAUAUGGAAUCUAAUAACCUCAAAAACAUCGAUGUACUUAAGUCUGUCACAUGCAGUUCAGAACCAAGUCCCGCUGACAGUAUUUUAACUAAUACUUGCAUCAAUACUAACAUGGGUUACAUGGAUGUCGACCGCUUAAGAUCAUCUUCUGGUUAUGAAAUUCCUGGGCAGCACAUUUCUACCUUAGCUGCAAUAAAUGAUCCGACUACGGGCUAUCCUAUAAAUGCCAGGUUGACUCAAGAAAUCACUCCUGUUGACCUGUGUUCUAAUCGCACUCAGCACCUAACGUUUAUGAAUACCUCAGGUACGAUCAUCAACGCUAGUAAUAGUCUUCCUCCUCCUCAAUCUUUGAUCGAGACACCAAAUACUGGAUGGUAUCCUGAUGUGACUAACGGGUCAUUCAUGCCUCCUAUAUGUCAUAAUCCUGUCUUAUCUUCUCCAUUCUAUAUUGAUACAGCAAGGCCAUCAUGUUUAUUACCAUCUUUUGAUCUAUCCUCUUCAAGUUAUGUGAAUGCUCCAGUCAGUAGCUUGAAUAAUCCCUCAUUGAGGGACUUUGAUUUAAUGGGUCGUUUAUUACCACAGGCAGGGGCAGCUAUCCGUGCAGCCAAAGUUGCUGGCCUUCCUGGACCUCAUUCUUGGAAUCCAAAUGUUGUAGCUAAUUUUAUUUCUACACUGCCAGGAUGCAAACAAUUCGCUUGUAAAUUCAUUGAAAAUGAAAUAGAUGGAGCUGCUUUAUUGUGCCUUGAACAACACGAUCUGAUGCAUGUAUUAGGUAUGAAACUGGGUCCUGCUGUAAAAGUAUCUACUGCUAUUCAAGCUUUACGUAAAAGCCUACUUGCAACACCAAUUUCAGAACUUGGUCCAGAGCAUGCAAAUGCUGUCGCUGCAGCUGUAUCAUGUUUUACUCACAGUUUGUCGUCACAGGUUGGUAUCGGUUCAUCUGUUACUAGUGAUUCGCAAUCUAUAGUAAACGGUUCCAGUGUAGACACUUCAUCAUCUAAUACCGGGUGAAGCUAUUCGUAUAACACUAGUUUUUCUGGCUUAUCUAGUUCAUUGUCGAUCAGAUAUCAAAAUGCACCCUCUCGUACAUUCCUACACUUGUUGUUUGUUGAAAAUUCAUCCUAAACUUAUUUCAAAAAGGGAAGAACUAUAACGAAUUGACCGUUUCAUAUUUUUACUUUGGGCUUUCGGUUUUUUUUGCCUUUUCCACUGUUUAUGUAUCGUCUGCCUGUAAAUGGUAGUAGUCCAAUUAUAUCUCAGUCGAUGUGUGUAUGCUUAGUUUCACAAGAACCGUAAUUCAGAAUCAUCUUCCUAGCUGAUAUUAUUAUUAUUAUUGCUAUUGUCAUUAGCGAUUAAAUUUCGCCAUAUAUACAAUAGUGCCUUACAGUAUGAAACCAACUGUGAAAAUCCGCAGUUCGGAUUCUGAAAUAAAUAUAUUUUGUCUAAAAUUUCCCUUGAUAUAUACAUAUAUUCUUUCCAUCGAUUAUGGGUUGCAUAUCGCAAAGUAAGAAUCUUGUUUAUCAAUCUUUUCUGUUGUGUGACUUAUCAUCUAUUGUUUUGAUAUCAUGACUAAAGAUUGUAUUUCAUUUAAUAUUUUGCAUAAUUAAUAAUCCAACGUUUAACGUUGUACAAUACUUUUUAUGAUCAACUACAUCACUGUUCUUGUUAGUGUUUCUAUGAUAUUAUCAUUAAAUUUGCUACUUGACUUCGCAGAACAAAUCUGGCCUAUUUUUAAAUAACCUCUAGUAGUGUUUUUAUUGACUGUUUACUGAAUUCAAAAACUUCAAUUUCCGUAAUUGAAUUUUCUGUACGAAUGUAUCUUAGUGACCACUACUUUAAAUGAAUGUGUUCUUGAUAAAUUAUGAUUGAAUCUGUGACUUACGACACGUAGUUACGUGCAAGUAAUUAUAAACAGAAUGUAUGUCAUUUCGUACAAUUUUUUAUUGAAGUUUUUUCUUAGUCGUGAUUGUUGGCUCUUUGACUUCUAGACAGAACUUCCCUCUAUUUGCGGCGUUUUUUUAGUCACCCACUUUUUUCUAUCCUGAUUAAAAUAUGUUCAAGAUAUUCCAGAGAAUUAACUAAACCCAAAAGUAAAAUAUUGGAACAUAUUCGUGCAAUUACUCAGGCCAGCAUAUUUAUGCAUUCCUUUUGAUUCUUUUGGCAUCUAUGCAGGAAAUAACAAGUGCACAUUCUUCAAAAUCUUUGUACUUGAAAUACUUGUUCCGCAUCCUAUUAUUAUUUUAACAAUAUCCCUUCCGAACAAGUAGCAAUUUCUUCUCGAUGAUGUUUAUCAAGCUUAUUUACAAAUAUGGAUCUUCUGAACCAUACAAAUGAUGUUUUGAUAAUAAAUGUUCGCUUUGG